AUGGCUCCCGCUGGCGCGAAGUUCCUCGGUCCAGUCAUCCUAGAAGUGCCCCAUUUCGCUUCUCUACGAGAUCGCGAACGUGAAAUAGUCAUCCUGCGCUCGGAUGACGGCCAACACUGGAAAGAACACCAACUCGAAGCGACCGAAGACGCCGUGCAGGAGGUACUAAAUGAGUCAUUUGACGCUGAAGAAUUGGCCCAACUCGAUGAUCUCCAUACGCCUAGAAUUACCCGGAUACUCACUAAUGACUUCCCUAUGUAUUUUGCUGUUGUGACGAGAGUUCGCCAGGAGGUGCACUGUGUUGGCCCUGAAGGUGGUGUGAUCAUGUCAUCGGUGGUACCACGUGUACAAGCCAUCUUCCCCGACGGAUCUCUCACGAAGACGAUCAAAGUGUCGGUACAAGCGCAACCGGUACCCCAAGAGAUGGUCACUAGACUGCAUGGCAACCGAGUAGCGGUGUCACCGAUUGUGACUGUCGAACCGAGGCGAAGAAAAUUCCACAAACCGAUCACUCUAUGUAUCCCAUUACCACAAAGCAGCAACAAAGGGAUGCUUACCCAGUAUUCGGGACAACCUGGACAAGAACCACCAACCCUACGAUUACUGUGCUCCAUAACUGGGGGAUCCGCUCCAGCUCAAUGGGAAGAUAUCACCGGAACAACUCAACUCACCUUUACUGGAGAUGAUGUGUCCUUCACCACCACGGUUUCUGCUCGUUUUUGGCUAAUGGACUGUCAAACUCCACGAGAUGCGGCAAGAAUGGCCCAAGAAGUCUACAAUGAAGCAAUCGCUAUCCCUUACAUGGCCAAAUUUGCUGUGUUUGCUAGGAGGACGUUCCCGGUUGAGGGACAGUUGAGAGUGUUCUGCAUGACAGACGAUAAGGAAGAUAAGACCUUGGAAAAGCAAGAACACUUCAAAAUGAUUGCCAAAUCCAGAGACGUUGAGGUCCUGAAAGGAAAACACCAAUUCUUGGAGUUUGCUGGAAAUCUUGUGCCAGUAACGAAGAGCGGAGAUCAACUUAGCUUGUACUUCUUACCAUUCCAAGAGAAUCGCCUU